AUGGUGGUAUAUAAUCAAGACACAAAAGGGACAUGGAAAGAGAUAGAGGAAAGAGUAGCCGGAAGAGAAGAGGAAGUGAUGAUCAUCGGCGGAGACUGUAACGCAAGAACGGGAGAAGAAGGAGGGCCGAUAAACAAGGACCUAAGGAAAGAAAAAAGCAGGCGAUCAAAAGACAAGACAAUAAACAUGGAAGGAAGAACUCUGCUAAAGUACCUGGAAGAGAGAGGCUGGACGAUAAUCAAUGGCAGAGAUAAAGAAGGAGAGGAGUGCACCUAUAUUGGAGAGAGGGGAAACUCAGUAAUAGACUAUGUGAUUGGCAAUCAGGAGGUGACAGAAGAAAUAAUUGACAUGAAAGAAGGUAAAAGAACAGAGUCGGACCACAUGCCGUUAGAAAUAGAAAUAGGGAGGCCGGAAUUACAAAAGAAUGAGGAGAAGAAAGAAGAAGAGAAGGAGAAAAGGGAAUGGACAAACGAAAGUGUGGAAAAUUACUUGGAGGAAUGUAAAGACUGGACCUGCAACAGAAAAAAGAGUAGAGGAAAUGUGGAUAGAAAUCUAAAAGAAGAUAAACGAAGCAAUGCCAAAGAAGAAAGUGAAGAUAAGGAAAUGGGGCAUGGGAUAGAAAGUGUGUGGUGCAAACACAGAAAGGAAAGACACGAAGAUGAAGAAAUGGAGAAAAUCAAAAAGAUCGAAACAGAGCAAGAAGCGUGGAAUUACAUAAAUAAAUAUAGAAGAAGAAGAGAGGGUAUAGAUGAAGAAAUAAGCGAAGAAGAGUGGAAAAAUCACUUUAUGAAAAUUUUAGGAGGAACAGAGCACAAAAAGAGCAGAAAAACGGAGGGGCAUAGAGCGGAAGAGAAAAUAAUGGAGGAGAGAGAAAAUAAUACAGAAAAGGAAGAGGUGAUCUACCAACUAAGAAACCUGAAGGAGAAGAAAGCAAUGGGGGAAGACGGGUUAGAAAAUGAGGUAUGGAAGUAUGCACCGAAGGAAGUGGGGAAAGCGUUAUGGGAGUUGUUAAGGAAAAUAUGGAAUGGGAAGGGGAUACCAGAAGAUUGGAAAAAAGGCGUAAUAUGUCCGACAUACAAGAAGGGACACAAAAGAGUAGCGAAGAGUUACAGAGGAGUAACAUUAAUGGACACAGCAUACAAGAUCUACGCAGGGAUACUGGACGAAUGGCUGAAGCCAGAGAUAGAAACCAAACUGGAAGAAAGUCAAUUCGGAUUCAGAAAAGGAAGAGGAGUGACCGACGCGUGUAAAAAAUGUUAUGAACCAGCUACACAAGAGAAAAUGGACACGGAUGCGCAAGAUAACUGGGAUGAAAAGAAUCAAUGGGCGAUGAACUACAUCCAUGGUAGUAUAACAAAUGAACAAUUAGAAUUUGUUGGUGAUCAAGACACUGCUUUAAAAAUAAUGAAAAAAUUUGACGAAAUGUAUAUGAAGGAAUCAACAGCAUUGCAAAUUUGUAUAAGAAGUAGACUAGACAUAAUGAGGCUGAAAGACUUUGAAGAAUGA